AUGGCGUGGGGCAUAAUGUGUCUUUUUUUUCAUUAUUUUCGUUUCUUUUCUUAUGUGGGUAAUGACAGACAGAGGAAGCGGGGAAGCUGUCUCCAGGGAAGGAAGGAAGGAAGUCCGCCACAGCAGAAACGUAUAUACAUUACCGAGAGACAUAUAAAGCACGAAAGGGACGAGGGGAGGGUAACGACGAUGGUGGCGAAGGAGAAGCGACGGUCGUGGUACCCCAUUCUUGCCAAGCGCCGUAAAAUGAAAAUGGCGGCGGAAGCAACGAAAAUUCCUUCACAUCGAACUGACAUUUGUGCCGACACGAAAAGGGCAGAGGUAGCUGAAAGGAUUAUAAGGAAGAGGAAAAAUUCCCGUUCGUCACCUCUUUCUGUGGCAAGAAAAAAAGACGUUGAUACAGCACGAACAGACGAUGACGCCCACGGUACCGCCACACACGAUAGGAAGAUGUGUAAAGUGGCAUCUUCAACAUUCCCUGCGGGAUUAUUUCUUCACGCCACGGAGUAUUGCCCGCCGCGGCCUGCGCGUUGGUAUCAUCUUGGCCUCCCGCUACUUGCUACACGUGUGCGGGAGUUGUUAUUUGGACGCCCGCUGAUGAUUAGUCAUCCCACUGCCGCCUUGACGGGUGUCUCUCUCUCUGACGAGGAGGCUCUUUCCUGGCUUUUCCCCGCCGUGCAAAACGGGGAGUGGUUCACCACACCGUGGGAGUUUAUUGAUCACUGCCAAUCGAUCUCACAUAAGUUGUUGUGCGAGAAUGCUCCACUCAUUCCACUCGUUGCUUUCCGAAUCAGGGGGAAAUGCUCCCCUUCGCCUCCUGCAGAUGGGAAAACGGAGAGGGCGGUGGUGGCGGUGAUGGAUCACUUGGGUGAAAGCGAAAAAGGGGAGGGGGAAAACGGCGGGGCAGUUUCAAUGUGCGCAGACAACGUGCGGGAUGUCUAUUACUUGUGGUUUAUGUACAUUCACAUCAGCCUAGUGAAGUUUGGUGAGCACGACUGGAUCGUCUUUCUGAAAUGGAAGGGAAAGGUGGUCAAAGCCACGGAUCAGGAAUGCGUAGGGCGAGUGUGGAGUUGUUAUCGUGUGUUUCAAACCAAUGUUGCGAACGCUGUGGCGAGGCAGUUGGCAUCAUCCUCGCAACUUGUAUGGCAGUCCUUGCCUGAAACUGCCCUAGCCAUGGCGUGCACCGUCCUGGAUGUCUACUUGCGUCUGCUCCUUGAUACGGCACCUCUACAGGGUCUCAGGGACGACUUAACACAAGAAGCGUCUACGCGUGCUUCAUAUAAUCAUUUGGAACAUCUUAUGUGGAUGAACGAUGAUCCCACAAAGGACGCCCAUGCCGCAGCUGGGAUGGCGUUAGCAAAGGAUGGGGCAUCGUUGACCGCGCCUGAAAAAGAGGCGAUUAUAUCUCUAUCUGUGUAUUUGGCAAAAAUCAUUACAGAUAUGCGUCAUGCAGACGGAGAUGUUUUCCCACGUGCAACUGAUGAUGUCAAUUCAAUGAUUCUCGAGCCACCGCUACUUUCAUCGUUGGGUGAUCCUGCGGCAGAAAUUCCUUUUCCGCAUUUGAUUUGGCCUGUGGAUGACAAUGAGGAGGAGGAAAAAAUUAUGGCGCUUGUUCUGUGGCUGUAUCUUUCUGACGCCGCGGAACACACAGACACACAAACAGAGACUUACAGAGAGAGAGAGAGAGAGAGAGAGAGAGAGAGAUGCGCGGAGGUCUAA